UUGGCCAGUAAACGCAGAGAAGUCGUAGAAAGCAGAACCAAACAAGACCGUCAAAAUUCUUGGCAAUAUGAGCAGUGUUAAUAAUGUCAAUAUCAAUGUCCAGUGCGAGUGCUACCAUCGUCGAGGACUUUUGUACUACGCCAAUCCUUUGGCUUGGGGUCGUCCUUGCCGCAGAUGUCGGCGCAUGAUGUCCCGAAACAACAUUGUGGUGUCUGUCCCAGCGACCCAGGUGCAAAUGCCAAACUCCACCACCACCACCACCACAGUGAUGCCCGCCCAAUGUGCGACAAACUGGCAGGCCCAGCAGCAACCGCAGAUGAUGUCCUCCCUGCCACCGAAGUACGAUCAGGCUGUGGCCGCCAACUAAAACAGGAGAAUAAACUGAAAUCUUUGCUAAAUUUAUAAAAAAAAAAUACAAUAAAAAUUCCCUAAAGAACAUUGCAAAAUCUAUAAAUUUCUGAACGAAAUUAAAAAAUAUAGUAUUUUUAGCCAAAUUGCGGAGUGGAUGUUUAAAGUAGCACACAAAGUAUUUCUAGUUGUAUAAAAAUUUUAAUUUUUACUUACAAUUCAUAUAAAUAUGUAACCUUUCUAGUGCACGUUAAAUUAUUAAACAAAGAAAAAGUUUAAUUUAUAGAACAAUUAUGUUAAGAAGCAUUUGCAGAAUAGUUAAUGUUACAAUGCAAAUGGGA